AGCCGCUUCUUUAAGCCAGUCUAUUGUAAUUAACUAAAGCAAAUACAUUUUCCUAGAAAAUCUUGUUUUCCAUGAAAGUUCUGGUGACACCUCGACCUCUGCCUCUCCCUUUAUAUAGCAAGUCUCCUCCUUUCUCUCAUCCACACCUUUCUUCUUCGAUUUUCCAAUCAAGCAAACAUCCCCACAAGCUUUCUAAAUCCAUGGCUGCUUGUAUUGACACCUCCAGAGCAACAGAGCCUUCCCAACUUUCCCAGCGUCCAGACAGGUCUCAACAUGAUGAAAAUCGUUACAAGUAUGUGAAUUUCUGCAGACCCACUUUUCCUGAUCAUGUUUCAAGCAUGCCCUUCAACAAGAACCAGACAAAGACCAUCCCCACAAGAAAACUUGUUGAUUUUCCUUUCGAAGAAGAAGAAGCAGUAGUAGUAGAAGAAGAAGAUGUUGACGCUGUAUGGCUGGCACUGAAGGAAGAAGCAAGGUUAGAUGUUGAGCAAGAACCCAUCUUGUCAAAUUAUUAUUACAGCUCGAUUUUGUCUCAGAAUUCAUUAGAAAGUGCUUUAGCGAAUCAUUUGUCAAUCAAGUUGAGCAAUUCAAGUCUUCUCAGUAGUACUUUAUUUGAUAUUUUCAUGGGGGUGCUUGUGGAAGAUCAAGGAAUUAUAAGAGCUGUUAAAGAAGAUUUGAGAGCUGUUAAAGAAAGAGACCCUGCCUGUAUAAGUUAUGUGCAUUGCUUUUUGAAUUAUAAGGGGUUCCAUGCAUGCCAAGCUCAUAGGGUAGCACAUAAUUUAUGGUCAGAAGGGAGGAAAGUUUUGGCCUUGUUGAUACAAAACAGGGUGUCUGAGGUUUUUGCUGUGGAUAUUCAUCCUGGAGCUAAGAUUGGGAGUGGGAUAUUGCUUGAUCAUGCCACUGGGGUUGUUGUUGGAGAGACGGCAGUGAUUGGAAACAAUGUGUCAAUUUUGCAUAAUGUGACGUUAGGAGGAACUGGUAAGGUUUCUGGUGAUAGGCAUCCAAAGAUUGGUGAUGGAGUUUUGAUUGGUGCAGGUACUUGUAUUUUGGGGAACAUUAUGAUUGGUGAUGGAGCAAAGAUUGGUGCUGGUUCUGUGGUAUUAAAGGAAGUGCCUCCAAGGACUACUGCGGUAGGGAACCCAGCUAGAUUGGUAGGAGGGAGGGAGAACCCCAUCAAGCUUGACAAGAUUCCAAGUUUUACUAUGGAUCAUACUUCACACAUCACUGAGUGGUCUGAUUAUGUCAUUUAGAGGGCUAACUAGUAUUCCUUAUCAAAGUUUUGGAUUUUAACCUCAUAUCGAUUCAAGCUUUUUGUUUGUGUUAUAAGAGAGAACUGAAGUUCUCCUAUUAGCAAACAGGAGUUUCUAGCUGAUAGCAUUAUAUUCUAAGCUGGCUUAAUUAUGCUGUUAUGUAGCCCAGCUUCGCUAUAAGUACAAUAUAGCAUAUCUUCUUGUGGGAAUCAUCGUUUUACUUAUUGCUA